AUGAUGCGGAUGCAUAAACUCUACCAUCGCCUCACUCUCCUCUCUUUAUCUUCGCCACUAUCUCUCCCUUCCAAUCCUUCUCUUCUUCCCCUCCUUCCUCCCUUCACCCCCACUCUCCGUUACAGAACCUCCGCCAACUUCGCCUCUAUGUCCACCUCGCGGCUUAGCCAUAUAACACCUCUCGCUGCUGUGUCCACCGAAGAUAGCGCCGCCGGAGCCGUCAACGGCUCCGUUUCUCCCUCCGCCGCAGUCGAUAAUUUCACUGAUUACGAAGAUGAUUCGACUUUAGGAGUAGGCUAUCGUGUUCCUCCACCAGUGAUCAGGGACAUCGUUGAUGCUCCGCCUGUUCCUGCAUUGUCAUUUUCACCACAUAGAGACAAAAUUAUUUUUCUUAAACGAAGAGCUUUACCUCCACUGACUGAGUUAGCAAGGCCGGAGGAAAAGUUAGCCGGAAUACGCAUUGAUGGACAUUGCAAUUCAAGGAGUCGAAUGUCAUUCUACACCGGUUUAGGGAUCCAUCAAAUUCUUCCUGAUGGUACAUUAGGACCAGAGGUUGAGGUGCAUGGUUUCCCUGAAGGCGCGAAGAUAAAUUUUGUUAGUUGGUCUCCGGAUGCUCGCCAUUUGUCAUUCAGUGUUCGUGUGAACGAGGAAGAUAAUAAUACUAGUAAGCUCAAAGUAUGGAUUGCAGAUGUGGAAACAGGGAAUGCCAGACCUUUGUUUCAGUCUCCUGAUGUAUAUUUGAAUGCAGUUUUUGAGAACUAUGUUUGGGUAGAUAAUUCUACAUUGUUAGUUUGCACCAUUCCAUCUACUCGUGCAGCUCCACCGAAGAAACCUCUGGUUCCUGGGGGGCCGAAAAUUCAAUCUAAUGAAAUGAAAAGCGUUAUUCAAGUAAGAACAUAUCAGGAUUUGCUGAAGGAUGAAUAUGAUGAAGAUUUGUUUGACUACUAUGCAACAUCUCAGCUUGUUUUAGCAUCUUUGGAUGGUACUACAAAGAAUUUUGGACCACCAGCUGUUUAUACCUCUCUGGACCCUUCCCCAGAUGAGAAGUACAUUAUGAUUAAUUCACUGCACAGGCCAUACUCUUUUAUUGCACCGUGUGGAAUAUUUCCAAAGAAGGUAGAGUUAUGGAGUGCUGAUGGUAAAUUUGUCAGGGAGCUUUGUGAUUUGCCGCUUGCCGAAGACAUACCAAUUACAUCCAAUAGUGUGCGAAAAGGGAUGCGUUCUAUUAAUUGGAGAGCUGAUAAGCCAUCAACACUUUACUGGGUAGAAACUCAAGAUGGGGGUGAUGCAAAAGUGGAAGUUUCUCCUCGUGAUAUAGUCUACUCACAACCUGCUGAACCACUAGAAGGUGAACCACCGGUGAUAUUACACAAGCUUGAUCUCCGCUAUGGAGGAAUUUCUUGGUGUGAUGAUUCGUUAGCUUUUGUAUACGAAUCUUGGUUUAAAACAAGGCGAAUAAGAACAUGGGUAAUCUCUCCUGGAUCUGAAGAUGUGGCUCCACGCAUCCUAUUCGAUCGAUCUUCAGAAGAUGUGUACUCUGACCCUGGCUCUCCCAUGUUGCGGAGAACCCAAACUGGGACCUAUACUAUUGCCAAGAUAAAGAAGGGGGGCGAUGAAGGAAGAUAUAUCUUACUGAAGGGAAGUGGUGCAACACCAGAAGGGAACAUUCCAUUCCUUGAUCUGUUUGACAUACAUACAGGUAAUAAAGAACGAAUCUGGGAGAGUGAUAAGGAAAAGUAUUUUGAGACUGUUGUUGCUCUAAUGUCUGAUCAAGAAGAAGGGGAUUUACAGUUAGAUAGGCUAAAAAUACUGAUUUCAAAAGAGUCAAAAACAGAGAACACCCAAUAUUACUUUGUUAGCUGGCCAGAUGCAAAAAGAGUUAAGGUUACAAAUUUCCCUCAUCCAUACCCUCAGCUUGCAUCAUUGCAGAAAGAGAUGAUCAGGUAUCAAAGGAAAGAUGGGGUUCAGCUUACUGCUACAUUAUACUUGCCACCUGGUUACAAUCCAUCAACAGACGGUCCUUUGCCAUGUUUAGUUUGGUCUUACCCUGGAGAAUUUAAGAGCAAAGAUGCUGCUAGCCAAGUUCGUGGUUCUCCAAAUGAGUUUGCUGGGAUCGGUUCCACAUCGCCUCUUCUUUGGCUGGCUCAAAGGUUUGCAAUUCUAUCUGGGCCCACCAUUCCUAUCAUCGGUGAGGGUAAAGAAGAGGCAAACGAUAGCUAUGUAGAGCAAUUAGUUGCAAGUGCAGAGGCCGCUGUGGAAGAAGUUAUCCGGCGUGGGGUAGCUCAUCCAAAGAAAAUAGCUGUUGGUGGACAUUCCUAUGGUGCGUUCAUGACUGCCAACCUCCUAGCACACGCCCCUCAUCUCUUUUGUUGUGGAAUUGCUCGUUCUGGUGCUUACAAUAGAACACUUACUCCUUUUGGUUUUCAGAAUGAAGAUAGAACUCUUUGGGAGGCCACUAAUACCUAUGUCGAGAUGAGUCCCUUCAUGUCCGCUAAUAAAAUUAAGAAGCCUAUCUUGCUUAUCCAUGGGGAAGAGGAUAAUAAUCCAGGAACAUUAACCAUGCAGUCAGACAGGUUUUUCAGCGCUCUGAAGGGUCAUGGUGCUCUUUGUCGGCUGGUGAUUCUGCCUUAUGAAAGCCAUGGUUAUUCUUCCAGAGAAAGCAUCAUGCAUGUCCUUUGGGAAACAGUGGAGGUGGCAGCAAAGAAGAAUGUGAUAUUGAGCAUGAAGAAUCUCAUUCUCUGCCAAGAUCUUCCUUGUGAAAAAUCCGCCAAUAUUCUGGGGAGCACUAGAAUUGAAGCAUCCAAAUGA